GGAUUCUGGUAAAUUGACCGCCAAAUGGUGUUGCCGCCGUCUGAUUGAGUUCCUCCCGCUGCCUUUCUUUAAACUGAAAAAGGCCAUUGCUUUGCAGUUUACAGUAACAGAGAGUGUUCGCAGGUUAGUGAUGAAUUUGGUUUUAGCGGAACGGGGUUGUUGUUUUCUCUUCCUCGAGCCCCAUUAUGAUUUGGGAUUUUGCGCUUCUAAUUCAGAUCCUCAAAUGCGGCGGACGUCGAUGUCGUUUCCCCGCCGUCUGCUGGCAUCGACGCAGUAUUCCCGCAGAUAUCCGGAUGAGUUCUUGAACAAAUUCAACUCUAGGAGCGUUGGUUUCAGGGCCUUACAUUCUCUGGUCAAUCUGAAUUCUUCCUCCUCUCCCACAAUCAAGGACUUGGUUGGGCAAGGGUUCCAUGUACAAGCAUUGCAGUUGUAUGCUCGCCAUACUCCUGCUGUCAUUUCCAAGUACACCUUUCCUUCUCUUCUCAAAGCUUGUGCUUCCCUUGCAAACCUUAAGUACGGAAGGACGAUUCAAGCGACGAUCACUGCCAUGGGUUUGUGCCGUGAUCCAUUCAUUACUACUUCACUAAUAAACAUGUAUGUGAAAUGCGGGUCACUGCUGGAUGCAGUUCAGGUGUUCGAUAAAUUGCCGGAAAGGGAACUUUUGGCGGGAGAUUCCUCGAUUUGGAACUCGAUAGCUGAUGGGUAUUUUCGUUUUGGUCGUGUUGAGGAGGGUGUUUCUCACUUUCGUCGAAUGCAAUCGUCCGGGAUUCGGCCUGAUGCCUACUCAUUGUGCAUUGUAGUUGGGUAUUUGGGAUAUGAAGAAGGGAGACAGAUUCAUGCCUAUGUUGUUCGAAACUUGCUUGGUAGCGAUCCUUUCUUAGAGAGUUCGCUAUUGGACAUGUAUUUUAGGUGUGCUAGGCCGAUGACUUCCUGUCGUAUGUUCCAAGCGCUAGAGAACAGGAGGAGAAAUGUUGUGUCAUGGAAUGUGAUGUUGGGAGGGCUUGCUGAGAAUGGUUUGUGGGAAAGUAGCUUAGAGUUGUAUAUGCUGGCCAAGAGUGAGGAAAUGGAACUCGUUUCGGCAUCCUUCACCAACAUCUUGGGUGCUUGUGGUCAGGGCGAGUGUGUAAGUUUUGGUGAACAGGUUCAUUCUGAUGUUGUUAAGAUGGGUUUUGCGAGUAACCAUUAUGUUUGUACCUCUCUUUUGACCAUGUAUGCCAAGUGCAAAUUUAUAGAAGGUGCAGAGAGAGUGUUUGAGCAAGUUAGUAACAAGGGAAUUGAACUUUGGAACGCAAUGAUCUCAGCUUAUGCCAGCAGUGGUUCUAUUUAUGGUGCUUUAGACACCUACAGGCAAAUGAAGAUUCACCAUAUCGUGCCCGAUUCUUUCACAAUGGCACAUGUUCUAUCUUGUUGCAACAUAGUUGAAGUGCUCGACUUUGGUAGGUUGAUCCAUGCGGAUUUAGUCAAAAGACCUAUAGAGAGAAAUAUUACCGUAGAAAGUGCAUUGCUUACGUUGUAUACUAAGGGUGGGCUGGACCAUGAAGCUAAGUUGGUUUUUAGUAGUAUGAAGGGUAGAGAUGUGAUUGCAUGGGGCUCCAUGAUCUCUGGUUUUAGCCAAAAUGAAAAAUUUGUUGAGGCUUUGGAUUGUUUCAGAGAUAUGAAGAAACAUGGAGUGAAACCGGAUUCUGAUAUCAUGGCAAGUGCAAUCAGUUCUUGUACAGGAUUGGAGAAUGUAAAUUUGGGCUCGUUGAUGCAUGGAUUUGUUACUAAGAGUGGGUUAGAAAGAGAUGUUUUUGUUGCAAGUGCCAUUUUGGAUAUGUACUCUAAAUGUGGCUUCCCUGAAAUGGCUGCGGAUGUGUUCUCUCACAUGCCAUUCAAAAACAUUGUUUCUUGGAAUUCGAUGAUGUCAUGUUAUAGCAGAAACGACCUGCCUGAGAGAUCCAUGGAAACAUUUUAUCGGUUUGUAGCGUAUGGAUUGGAUCCAGAUGCCCUCUCUAUCACUAAUGCGCUUGUUGCUGUUUCAUUACUUGCAGUUCUGGUCAAAGGGAAGGCUCUGCAUGCUUACCUCAUUAGGCAAGGAAUUCUAACUGACAUUCAUUUAGAGAACGCACUGGUUGACAUGUACAUCAAGUCUGGAUCUCUGAAAUAUGCCCAGAAUGUUUUCCAGAAAAUGUGUUGGAAAAACUUGGUGACGUAUAAUUCAAUGAUGGAUGGUUAUGGAUCGCAUGGUGAGUGCUGGAAAGCAAUGGCAUUAUUGGAUGAAAUGAGGAAUACUUCGAUCCAACCUGAUCAUAUCACCUUCAUUUCUCUACUUUCCUCUUGCAAUCAUUCAGGCUUGAUUAAGGAAGGCCUCAAUCUUCUCCAUUCAAUGAAAAUUGAGUAUAGGAUUGAACCUAGAGAAGAGCAUUAUGUGACCGUUGUUGAUAUGUUAGGUCGUGGAGGACAGCUAGAUGAUGCUUAUGCUCUAGUUAGAAGCAUGCCUAUUGAACCUAGCAAAAGCAUUUGGCUAUCACUAUUAAGUUCAUGUCGAGCUCAUCGUAAUGUGGAUCUUGGAGAAGCUGCAGCUACUGAGCUAUCAAAGAUUGAGCCAAGUAGAGGCAGCAAUUAUGCUCAGCUUCUGAAUAUUUAUGGAGAAGCUGAAUUGUGGGACAGUGCUGCAAAGUUAAGGGCAUUGAUGAAAGAAAAAGGGAUGAAAAAGAAGGGUGGAUGCAGCUGGAUUGAAGUGAGGAACAAAGUCGAUGUUUUCUACUCUGGAGAUUCCUCAUGUCCACUGACAUCUCAGAUAUAUGGGGCACUUGGUAACCUUAGGAGAAACAUGUUGAAAAAAGAAAGUUGCUUUGAUAUCAUUGAAGCCUUGUUAAGCUACUGAUCUGAAAGCAUCAGUAUUUUAUCAUACAUGCAGAAGCGGAGUUACCAGAAAACGUUAUCGAUUUUGUUUCCUGGUGAACCUGUCAGAUGGUACCGGCAACCAGACCAACGUGAGUCAUUCUGACAUUCUGUGUUAUUUAGUGGUGUGCUAACGGCAUUUCCUGAUUACAUAAUUUUGGGGAAUAAGCAUAUGCAUUCAUAAUGUAUUAGGAAAAUUCUAGUCUUCCUGAUUAUUUCGGAAGCAAGGUUUUUUAAAAUAUUUGCCUUGCUAUAGUGGGUAAUGGUCACAUUCCCUGUUUAGUGAUUAAUCACCUAGCUGACCAUUUAUGGAUAACCACGAAAGUAAGAAUUAAAGGACAUUUUAUUGGUCUUCUAUGAAGCAUGAUAUGUUUCUUUCUUCUGAAGGGUCAAUGAUUUGGUCUUGCCAUGCUACAGUUUAUUGUUCUUUUGGACUCCCAGACACAAGUCAUUUUUCAUCAAUGGACUUUUGUCGGGAAGAUGGGUGGCUUUCUUUGUUCUACUCUUGCUUAAGGGAAAAAGGUAGCAUUUAUUUUUAAUUUUUGAAAUAGAAAGGUACAUUUCUGCUAGAUAUUGUCCUAGUGGUGUUUUUGUUUGUGUAUGUGCUUACAUGAUUUUCCAGUUGUUAUUUGUAUAUAUUAUCAGUGGCUUUUGUAUAUUUCCCUCUUCUUAUGCACUAACCUCUCUCCUUCUGCGAAUCAUCUAGUGCAACAAAGAAAGCGUUGUAGAAGCCAAAUUCCAAGAUCUUGAAAAGGAAAGCUGGAACAGUAAUCCUUCCGGUCAAUGUUUUAUCUGCCCACUGAAAAAUGAUUCUGCUCUUUUGGCCUGCAAAACUGAAUAUUAUCAACGAUCUCUCAGGGAACUUUUAAUACCUGAUCCCUCUUUCUUCUUUAUUUAGUGUGCUUCAGACCAAUUUGUCUCUUUGAAGUUAACGUUUUUGUUGGUAUCUGGGUUGCAGCAGCGUUGGUUCUUGUCCCAACAAGGGAGCUUUGCCUACAAUUUCAAGAGAUUCUGCAGAAAUUACUGCAUCGCAUUCAUUGGAUUGUCCCUGGUUAUGUAAAUAUGACUUGGUUCUUAAAUUCAGCUCAUGAGAGAGGCAAAAAAAUUUCCCAUCCCUUAUAUCUUUGUUCUGGCUUUUGGUCUUAUGAAUUAGUUAGUUGUAAAUAUGACUUGCUGUGCCACUUACAGACUCAUCUUAUUUUAGGUCUCUUUCGUGUUUGCUGUUGGUUGCUACUACUAUAUAUUGUUUCAGAAGAAGUAUAAAUAGCCGUGAUGGUAUUUCAGGUAAACUACAGGUUAUACUUGGCUUUGUUUAUCCUUGUUUUAUCAGUAAGGGAUGUUUGACAAUUUCCCUUCAAAUGACAAUUUCCCUUCGCCUUAGUACUUCGCUUAAUUUUCACUAGUACUGUAGUGCAUUCUUAAACUUUUGUCAGCAAAUUUCUAGUCAUGCCAUGUCUGUCAAUAUAUAUGAUCCAUUAAAUCAAGAGUGUUCUGAAUUUGAGGAAAGGAACUGGAACAAGUAAUACGAAUCGAAUUGCUUGCCAGUAUGUUGUACAAAGUCUUUGGAUCGUAACUAGUACUUAUGGAUUCAAACAACGGACAUAGCUGCAAUUUAUUUCGUUAUUCGCCUUUCAAUGAGAAUACCCUCAUCAAGAAUAAGUGCGGCAACUUGCACUCACAUGAGUUUGCCAGGUUACAUCCAAGCAGGGUUAUCACCAUAAGUUGGUUCCCUUAUCAUUAAAAAGCAAAAACGAUGAUUUGUUCUUUUGCAGCAGUUCAAAGGACGGAAGGUCGUGUUGACUUCCAUGUGUAAUAGUUGUGUCUUAACUAGAAAUAUACAUAAGAAUAUAUGACUAUCUGAAAACUCAUGGUAGAACACUGAAACAGUGAUAAUUACGAAGCAAAGCAACUAUGGAUGCUUUGGCUUAUCUCUUCCUUCUUCUGUUACAAUAGCAAAGCAACUAGCCUGCACCUGCUUGGAAAGGCUGGGGGUAUGCUUAUGCUGCUGCCAGAAAUGAGGGAGAUCAUGCAAUGUCAUGCUUUGUCAUCAAGCGGAUAGUUUUUAAUGCUUCUUACAUUUCCAUGUAUAGGACAUUACAGCGGGAUGCUUGGGUGCAAUUAAUUUGACUAGCUCGCAUUAGUCUGCCUUUUUCAUUUGGUCACUUAUAGUGCAUUUUGUAACACUGUUCUCUCACAACCUUUGUACUUUUGGCUUGCGUUUUCAACUUACAUAACAUAUUCGAACUUGUGACUGUUCCUAGGAUCUCAAAUUUUUUUAGCAUUCCAUUGCUGAUUCGAAUCUAUAUAUUGGUUUUUACAGGUUGAAUCUUAAAUUCUCUUGUUCCAUUUGGGUGUAAUUUGCCAACACUGUACCGUUGGGAUGGAGUACAUGCACGCGCACAGCUAUAAGCUUGCUGAGCAGGUAUAUUUCAGUUUUCAGAUACUUGGAAUUUUGAUUCUAGGAAGCUCUUUGUAAAAUAUGAAGUCUCUCAGCCUCAGGCUUGGUACUGAUAUGGAGUCUGGGUCUGGUGUGCUGAUGAUGGUAUUUGACUAGUCCUUUGUCUCGCCUUGUGUUGCAUUUGCAGGAUAAUUUUACAGCUGCAAUUACAUAUUAUCACAAGGUAAGGCGGCAGCACCCACAGCUUUCAUCUUGGAUGAAGACUGACCCUCUCAGUGACUGCUGAUUACUGUAGCUUAGUUUAUGAAUUCACUUCUGCUGUUUGGUUAUUUGGGCAGGCACCGACUGUGGCUCAAACCGGAUGAUCAAUUCUACGCAGGGAUGUCGAGGACGAAGCUCAUUAUUAUACACACAGACCCGAAGUUCGAGUCCCGCCUGAGUAAGGUCUUUGUGUAACAUUGUUCAUGUUUUUGAGAAACCCAGAAACAAAAUCUCAUCAUAUAGGUAGGCCGUAGUGCAUGGGGCAUUGUUCAUGUUUUUCCUUCUUUUGCCUAGUGUAGUGUAACCAAUUUAGUUUUCUAAAUGUGACCAUUGGGCUGGAGGAUCCUGUGAAUUAGCUAGCUGCCCCUCGUUGGGAUGGGAACUAUUUUCUUGACCCUCAAAUUCUUACCUCUCUACUCUUUGCAAGUUUUGCUCAAAAAGUCUUGAGGAGAACAUACCAAUUUUUUCCACUCAACUUGGUAUUCUUCAUCCUUGCAGCGUUUAUGGUUCGUCUACCACUUCUAAGCUUGUGAGGUUGACCAAAGUCUCAAUUUCUCGGUCGUCUAGUGAAGGUUUCCCACCAACUCCAAAGCAUUACAAGGUCACCCAAAGUCUCGAGUUCCCAAACACAGAUUCCAACCAAAAAUACUUAUGGUGGGUUUUCUCCAAACCCGAUGGUUUUUGUGUGGUUUUGAUAUCCGCAUCGAAAUCAUAUGACGGUAUGUUAAACAUAUAUAUUCAAAACGUCCUCGCUUCACAACUUAUGUUAUUCAUAUUCUUUGGCCAUAAUUAUAUCUUAAACUCCAAACUUUGAUCAUUCUUUCUCAUUUUAACAAACAAUAUACUAAUGAAGUCUCAGUUCACUUCAAUAUCCCCUGCAUAUAUCAACAACACAAUCAUAGCUGAGGAGCAUUCCAAAUUACUGCUAUGCAGAACAAUAAUUGCGUCAUGUGCGUGUGACCAGCUUACGAGAUUGAUUCAGGAGAACGAUAAAUUCUAUCUAAAUAAUUUCGAUCUCGAUUCCAACCUAAACACCAUGUUAAAUCUUGAUCUUUUACUAAGCUCGAGCAUAUUAUUCUAAAUCGGAGUUGUUUCAAUAUAGAAUUUCACCGAAUAGAAAAUUCUUUGUUUCCAUAUGAGAAAUUUCCUUGUUUGGUUGAGGCUACGUUUACCAACACCACCUAAUAAACAUAAAUAAAGCAUUGAAUUUCGG